GGAAGUCUUGUGUUUGCUGCAGCUGCUUUGACAGUGUUGUGGUGACGAAGUACAGCUGCGGCGUUUCAGCCGCAGACACACUCUCUCACACACACACACACACACACACACACACACACACACUCCGGGCAGCAGCAGCAGCAGCAUCAGCAGCAGCAGCAGCAGCAUCGAUGGCCCCGCUGCUGCCUGCGGACUGAAGAAUGGCCUCCGCGGCACCGCCACAUCAGCCAUGGCCAGAUCUACCAACACGAGCUCCGGGGACGGGGACCCGCGGGUGACCGCCUCCACGGAGCACGGCGACGGCACGCGCGACCUGGCGGAGCCCCGGGAGCUGUCUCUGGAGGAGGUGCUGAAGUCUUACGAGCAGCCCAUCAACGAGGAGCAGGCGUGGGCCGUGUGUUACCAGUGCUGCAGCGGGCUCAGGGUGCCCCGCCUGCCCGCUCAGGGAGUCGGCCGGGUGAAGGACCCGUCCUCCAUCCUCCUGCACCGGGACGGAACCGUGUGUUUAUGGCAGGAGCUCCGACAUCACGGAGACACUGAUGGAUAUUGUCCUCCUCAGACUGCAGAGCGUCAGCUCGUCCAGUCGCUGGGCGUGGCCAUCUACGGAGCUCUGGACUGGGGCCUGGACGACAGCGAGGAGCGGGAGCUCAGCCCUCAGCUGGAACGCCUCAUCGAGCGCAUGGUGGGCGGCGGUCAGGGCGGAGACGGCAACAGAUCUGCAGGUAACGGAACAACAGAUGAGGGUUACAGUGGACAGGAAGAGGAGGAGGAAGAAGAGGAGACAGAAGGAGAGAUAAGGCCAGUGUGUACGUUCCGCCAGGUGAUGACGCUGUGUGCAUCUCGACUGGCAAACCCCAGUUUGGCCCCGGAGCAUUAUCAGGCGGUGUGCAGGGCACUGUUUGUAGAAACUCUGGAGCUUCAGACGUUCCUGAUCAAGAUCAGAGACGCUAAAGAGAUGUUGAAGAAGAUCUCGACAGAAGACACUCUGGAGGACAAGUCCACGGCGGAGCUGGAUGCUCUGAAGCACAGAGACUGGGCUCGUCUGUGGGUGCAGCUGAUGAAGGAGCUCAGACAGGGAGUGAAGCUGAAGAAGGUACAGGAGCAGCCGUUCAACAGUCUGCCCACAGAGUUCAGCCUCACGCCCUUUGAGAUGCUGAUGCAGGACAUACGAGCGCGAAGGUUCCAGCUGCGCAAAGUCAUGGUGGAUGGAGACAUUCCCACCAGAGUGAAGAGAAGCGCCCAUGAACUGAUCCUGGAUUUUAUCAGGUCCAGACCUCCACUCAAACCAGUGACGGAGCGCAGUCUCCCCCCUCCUCCCCCGCAGCAGCCGUCGCUCCAUGACCAAGUGCUCGCUGAGAUCAAACAGGAGAGGAAGCUCCGCCCAGUGGCCCCGCCCACCUCCAGAUCGUUCGGCUCUCUACCCUGCCUCGCUCACACUUGUCCGUGCAGCAUCAAAUCCACAUCGUGCAUUGACCUGUCCACGUCAGAGUCCGUGCCCCGCCCCCUGUCCCGCCCUCGCGUCCUGCUCAAAGCCCCGACUCUGGCAGAGAUGGAGGAGAUGAACAUCUCUGAGGAGGAGGAGUCUCCAGACAGCGGUGACAUGAAGAGAAUGGAAACUUCUCCGAUGCCUCUGAAAAGAGACCGCUCCUUCUCAGAACAUGACCUAGCGUUUCUACGUGGAGACACGCCUCCUUUGCUCUCUGAGGAGGACCAGGUGGACGGGUCGUUCAGACUGAGGGGGGAGAGGCCGCGGUCCCAGACACUGACCUGUGUAGGACCGUCCCCUUAUUUCAGAGCCUCGUUCCCAGGUCAAACUUGGGUUCCGUCCUCUCCGGCUCGUCUCUCUCUCUCGUCAGUCGAUGAGUCCUCCGAACACUUGGGGGUGACGUCGCGCUCCAGAGCUGCAGACGAGCAUCAGUGGAUGGACGAGUUCAGUCACCCCGUGGAGAGUCUGGCCCUGACGGUCGAUGAGGUCAUCAACGUGCGCCGAGUGCUCGUCAAAGCAGAGAUGGAGAAGUUCCUUCAGAGCAAAGAGCUUUACAAUAACCUGAGGAGAGGAAAGGUUUGCUGCUGCUGCAGAGUGAAGUUCCCUCUCUUCUCGUGGCCGUCCACCUGCCUCCUGUGUAAAAGGUCUGUCUGUGGCUCCUGCAGUGCAAAGAUGAAGAUUCCGUCUAAAAAGAUGGCUCACAUUCCCGUGUACACUGUGGGUUUCCACAGCACUCCAAAGAGUCACGGACACAAAAGUCAAGUCUAUAAGUCACUGCGUAGUUUAUCGCGUCGCUCGGUGGAGGAGGAGUUUCCUCACCUGUACGCUCACGGCUGCACGCUGCGCGACGUCUGCGGCGAGUGCACCAAGUUUGUGGCCGACGUCAUUUCCUCGAGCCGCCGGAGCCUGGACAUCCUCAACAACACGCCUAAGAGGGAAGCUAAAGCCGCCGCUGCCGCCGUCCAGAGGCCACAGCUGCAACGGCAGGCUCACCUGGAGGCGUGUCCUCACCCAGACCCUCCCCCACCUCACCCUCAGCUUCCUUCUCACACCCAUCACCGCCUUCAGCCGCCAUCACAACCCGCUUCACCACAGCAUCAACAGCUUUAAACAAUGAGACUGACACUGUACGCCUUUUUAUAUACACACACACACACACACACACACACACUCUCUCAUGCCUGUAGGGGGCAGUGUCUGCAGUGAAGAUGAUGCUGAUAUUAAAGCAAUUGUCAGCAAUGUUGACGUUUGGCUAACUUCCUGUACUUUGCUAUCAUUAGCAUGCCCCUCCCUCCUCACAUGCCUCAUCUCUUGAACGCCCACUUGGUAAGUGGGCGGGGCAUCUAUUCGUAGAUAAAACGACCAAAUCUCUCUCCGCCUCUUUGUGGAAUUCUGCCGCCUGAUUGGCUAAAGAGGCUCCCCUCGAUCAGAGCUUUACUGACGUGUGGGCUGAGGCCCACUGAUGGCCAUCAGAGGUAUUACAGGUGGACAAAAAAUGCUCCCAUUUAAACAACAACAACACCAUUGUCAUAAACUCACGCACACCUCAUCCACAGAGGGAUUUAUAAUGCUGCGUCACAUUUAAAACAAGCUUCUUAAGGUCCGGGCUGAGGUUACCAUGACGACGACAACAACAACGACGACACUGUGAAUGUAAACGAGGACUGCGUGGCCGAGUGGACACCGACGUGGACGUUUUCACUCCUCGCGGACGCUUGUGAUCGGCUCUGUUUGUUUUUUUAGAAAGAAAAAAAAUGAACUCAACUGCAAUAAAAUUUCAACGACAAAACACGA